CCCUCCACCAGGCCACCCGUGAUGCUCUACGCCAGCGCCGCCGUCCCGCCUCCUGACGUCACUGCGCAGCGCCGUCGUGCUCGCUGCCGUCGCAGGAGUCUUUGCUCAGUAACUUGAGCGGUAGCUGUGGAGGUUCCCAAGGAUUGUCUUCAGUCAUGGCCUUGGGAUUAAAGUGCUUCCGUGUGGUCCACCCUGCCUUUCGCAAUUACCUUGCAGCCUUGACCAGACCUGUUUCAGAAGUUACGCUGAAGACUGAGAGUGAAAGACAACGUGAUCAUAGGCAAUGUAUAGCCUUUUCAUCUGUCCCGGUCCGCCAUUUUGCUACCAAGAAAGCCAAAGCCAAAGGGAAAGGACAGUCCCAAGCCAGAGUGAAUAUUAAUGCUUCCUUGGUUGAGGAUAUAAUCAACUUGGAAGAAGUUGAUGAAGAAAUGAAGUCUGUGACGGAAGCACUCAAGGAUAAUUUCAAUAAGACUCUCAACAUAAGGACCUCACCAGGAUCUCUAGAUCAUAUUGCUGUGGUAACUGCUGAUGGGAAGCUUGCAUUAAACCAGAUUAGCCAGAUCUCCAUGAAGUCACCACAGCUGAUUUUGGUGAAUAUGGCCAGCUUCCCAGAGUGUACAGCUGCAGCUAUCAAGGCUAUAAGAGAAAGUGGAAUGAAUCUGAACCCAGAAGUGGAAGGGACACUAAUUCGGGUACCCAUUCCCAAAGUAACCAGGGAGCACAGAGAAAUGUUGGUGAAGCUGGCCAAACAGCACACCAACAAGGCCAAAGACUCUUUACGGAGGGUUCGCAGCAACGCGAUGAAUAAGCUGAAGAAGUCAAAGGACAAGACCUCAGAGGACACCAUUAAGCUCAUAGAGAAACAGAUCAGCCAAAUGGCCGAUGACACAGUUGUAGAGCUGGACAAGCAUCUGGCAGUGAAGACCAAAGAACUCCUUGGCUGAGAGACCUACCAGGGACCAGCAACAUUCUAGAGCAUGGAGUGGGUAGCAGAUGGGCAUCCUCAGCCCCCAUCCACACGUAAGGCUGGCAUCACGUGAUCAAUCCUCGUGAAGCCCGGCCUUCCAGCAGAACACCCAGACUUGUUCGUUCUCUUCCUCCUACCCCCUACUCACCCAUUCUGCUCUGGGCCCUCAGUCUGGAUGAUCUCAUAGAAUUAUCUGCUACUGGAGAAGAGUCUUUUAUUUUUUUAUUUUUUUGCAGUUUUGGCUGGGGCCCGGCUUGAA